AUGGUGCCAGAGGGAACAACAUCAGGACAUCAGAUCAUUACUACCACAGCAUGCAGCUCCCUGAACUUUUACAAAAUGCUUCAUUCUACACUGGUCCACAGAAUGAGCCCCCUUUGUCACGGGCUGGCUUCAUCGUGCUCUCCAUCAUCAUGGCCUUUUUUACAAUUCCUGCCAUUGUGCUGAAUGCUACAGUGAUCAUCGUGUCCCUCAUGAACAAGCAGCUGAGGCAGCCACUCAACUACGCUCUGGUAAACAUGGCUGUAGCUGACCUGGGCACAGCAAUGACCGGGGGGGUGCUGUCCGUGAUCAACAACGCCCAGGGGUACUUCUCCCUGGGCAGGACAGGCUGUGUGAUGGAAGGCUUUGCAGUGUCCUUGUGUGGAAUCACAUCAUUGUGCUCGGUGGCUCUGAUUGCAAUUGAGAGGAUGUUUGUGGUGUGCAAGCCUCUUGGACCGAUAACCUUUCAGAAGAGGCAUGCUGUUGGAGGUAUAGUCUUGUCCUGGCUGUGGUCUUUUACUUGGAACUUGCCCCCACUCGUUGGAUGGGGCAAAUAUGAGUUAGAGGGCGUUGGGACGUCCUGCGCACCAGACUGGCACAACACAGACCCCAACAACGUCUCCUACAUCAUUGCUUACUUUGCUGUGUGUUUUGCUUUUCCUUUCACUCUCAUCCUGAUCUCUUAUGCAAAACUUCUGUGGACAUUGCACCAGGUUUCAAAGAUGACCUGUGUGGAAGGAGGAGCAGUUGCUAAAGGGGAAAUGAAGGUGGCAUGCAUGGUGAUACUGAUGGUUCUGUCAUUUCUGAUCAGCUGGCUGCCUUAUGCCAGCCUGGCCAUGUUUGUAGUCUGCAGACCAGAAGCAAAGAUUCAUCCGCUGGUGGGAACAGUGCCAGUUUACUUGGCCAAGAGCAGCACUGCUUACAAUCCCAUCAUCUAUAUCCUACUUAAUAAACAGUUCCGUAAGUAUGCAGUUCCCUUCCUGCUAUGUGGCAAGAGUUUUGACGAUGAAGAUGAGGCAUCGGAGGCAGUGACUACUGUGGAGACAAUAACUACAAAUAAAGUGGCUCCCAGUUGAAAUGUAAAAUUCAUUUAUAACCAGAAAUGUAUA